AGAAAAGGUCUUAGAUAAGGCUAGGGCAUGCAACAUAGAUAAGAGAAGUAUAACAACAUGCUUUAUUUUGUCUCGUGGGCGUUUUAUAAGAGGAGUAUUACCAGCAGAUAGGAGUUGUAUUGCUUUGUACUGGCAGAUUAAUUUGUUUCAUUGUGUCCAUGGCAACUGGCAUUUCAACCAACGCCACUACAUUUUUCUCUGCAGUCUUUUGCUAUAUAUUGUUUUAUACGAGUAACAUGUAUUGCCUUCUGGGAACUGUUUUUUUUUUCGUUCUUUGCCCUUUGCUAUGUUUUCAUCCUGGAUUAUCGUUCAAAAAGAAAGCCUCGUCAUUAACUCUGCCCCUAUUGGACUAUUCAUGCUCUUCUAUUCAUCCCCUUUUCUUAGUUGUAGCUGUGUAACUCUCCCCAUUCCAUUUGUUACACGGUGACUAAGAUUGUCUUCUGUGUGGGUUUAAAUAGAUUGACCCUAGAGCUACGCAGAACACUGUGACACAUAGGGACAAUAAAUAUGCUUGCACAUGCGCGGCAGCACCCACCGUCCACAUGCAUGCAGUGGGAAUGUAAUGCAUAGUGGCACACCAACAGAUAGCGUCAAAUUAUAUUCUUAUAAAGUCGCAAAAUAACACGCGUCUCUACACCCCACUCCUCCAUGCAUACCAAGACAUGGAAUUACUUUGACACACAGCUGGCGAGAAGCACAAGCGUGUCACUGCUAUGUGUAUGUUUUGAGGUGGUAUGUGAAAAGCGAAUGACAGGUUCUCAUUUCAAUCACGAUUCUAUAUUACUACAUACAGUAGGCUACACCGCUGCAUUACGUUUUCAGUGUAUGAAUGUUUAAUGCAAGUAUAACCUUACGCAGUGGAGAUCUAAAUACAAAUUAAAUAAACUAGAUCAUGUUACCGCCUGCAAUAAUGUGCAUUAUAAUCGGUGGGAAUCAUUAAUGUUAAGUGAAUGAAAAGUUGGCUAGAUAUUAAGUGGAAAUGUUUUUUUUAAAGGAGUGGAGGCGGGGAAGGGAGGGCGGAGACAGUUGUUUAUAUUCGUGUGGCUGUAAUUCGUCAACUCGUCUAGUGAGCUAGAAGCAAGAUUCACUAUUUCAACCUAGUUGCACUACUAGGUAACAAUAUUAUAUAAAUACGUGAAUAGAUAUAGCUUCUGAUUUGAUUUGUCCAAUAAGGCCGAGGAUCAAGGAAAGGAGUGUACAACAUAUUUUAAGUGAAUCUCCUUAUGUGAUUUUAAAAGUUGGACAUAAAUAAGAAGGUAGGCUCGAUUAUGAAAUAAGAACAAGUUAUUUCACAAAGGAAACACAGGCGGCAACAUAACAUAGUAUAAAGGGACAACGCGCGCAGCAGAGUGGUGACCAGGUCAGAGCGCGAUGUUUGGAAUGAUAAAGAAUUCAAUUUUCGGGAACACCGAAGAAACGGACUACAAAUUGCUCAGCAGCGAGACCAAGGAGGGGAUCAGCUACGAGGUGCGGAGGUACGAUGGUGCAAAGUAUGCCUCAGUGAGCUCAGAGGGGCGGACCUUUGACCAGGUGACGGGGGAGCUAGUGAGGAAGCUUCUCGUGUACAUUGGGGGAAGCAACGACCAAGGGGAGGCAAUGGGGACGACAGCACCGGUUAUCAUCACAGUGUAUCCCAGGGACGAUGGUGUGAUGUCACGCCGUUUGGUGGUUAGCCUCAGGAUUCCCACCAACUACCAAGUCAGUCCCCCUGUGCCCAUCGACAGUGCCAUCAGAAUCGAGGAUCGACCCGGCAUGACUGUCUACUCACUGCAGUUUGGAGGCUUCGCAGGGGAGACUGAGUACCGAGCAGAGGCCUCUCGCCUAACCAAAACUCUUGGUGAGACUGCCCCCUUUCAGCGGAAACAGUACUUCUGCUGCACCUACGAUCCGCCAAUGAAACCCUACGGCCGACGCAACGAGGUGUGGUUCCUACAGGAGGAGCCAUAAGGGAAGCAUUAAGACCGACUCUUAAUAAUAAUCUAUAGUCACUUCCUCUCCUUCGUCUUCACUGAUCACUCCACAUCUUGAUCUUCAUCCCCAAAAAAUAGGAUAUGUGAAAAUAAUAUGGCAACUCAACAGGGGAUUUGUUUUCAAAUCAGUACAAAUGAAGGAGAGGUGAUGCAAAGAAGAGUUUUAGACUAUUGAAAGGUCAUAAAGGGAAGGGAUGGGCAGCGGGCUACAUAGUUACUGGCCCAAAGUAAUAGUACGGUACCAUUAUCAGUAACUGGAUAGUAAGUAGUCUAGGGGUAGAAGCCACUAACCACAAAGUACCGCUGUGUGUUAUAGGUGGUACAUCAUUAACUCAAGUUCUUAUUUUGUACACCCAGGGGUUGACACUCCCCUUAAAACAUGCUUCAUAGUGCUUGAAAGAAAAGCACAUUAAAUCAGGCUGUACACAUUCAGCAGUCUAAUUAAAUGUUGCUUCACUUCACACACCAUAAAAACAAAAAAAUGACAGUUAAGUAUUCAAUAAGUAAUUAAAUUAAGUUUUAAAAAGCACAAUUCCUUUUCCCAAGGGAGGGAAUUGGAAAUAAACUAGGAAUUGAGCCAUAAAGUAGUGAUAGUCAAAUGUUUUCCUUAGUAUGAAUUAGUUGGUGGGGAGGGUAUGAAGGAGAAAUGUAUUAGUCAUUCCUUAAGUGUUAUCAUUUGAGAUGUCUUAUCCUUCUGUGAUGAUGACAUGAAAACUUUAAGACAGCAGUUGUGUGUAGUGAAUGUUUUGGUGUGCUUGUAUUUGGAGUCUUUGAAUUGUAAUGUUACUUAUUAUGAUUCUUGAAACUGUAUUUUGAAAUACCUCUGUAUAGUGUGUGAUUUUCUGUGAAAAUAUGGAGUGACGAUAUCGUCAGGAUUUGAUAGCGUUUUAUAUCAUAAUAUGUUAUUCAAGGUAUUACUAAUACGAUUUUUUUGUGCAAUACUGACAUUUCCUUUUUUUUUGUUCUAUACAAACAAAAGAAUGCUUAAAAUACUGGUACACCACUGUUUUAGAUAAGUUUUACAUAAACAUUUAUUUAUUAUUAGAUUUUGAAUCAAUA